AUGCGCUUCUCCGUCGCCUCCCUCCUCUUCCUGGGAGCAACCUUGGUUGCUGCCGGCUCCGGUGAUUCCACCGCCGCUUCCAAAAGCGCCCACUCCCUCAGCCGAACUGGUAACAACUUGAAGGCUCGUAGCAACAUCUUCGCUCGUGGCUCAGGAGAUGAGCACUGCUCUGGUGUCGGUGUUACCUGCCAGAGCUGCUUCGGUAGCGGCUUCAAGGAAUGCCCUGGCGACUCGUCCAAGUGCUACAACCCAGACGACCCAAAAUACUCUAGCUGCGAUUCUUCCGGCGGCAGCGGUGGUAGCGGUGGCUCCUCUGGUGGAAGCUCUGGCAGUUCUGACUCUUGCUCUGGACGGGGUGUAACCUGCCAGAGCUGCUUCGGUAGCGGAUACAAGGAAUGUCCCAAUGAUUCGACCAAGUGCUACAACCCAAAUGACCCAAGAUACUCCAGCUGUGACCCAUCUGGCUCCAGCGGCGGCUCUGGUGGUUCUGGUGGUAGCAGCGGCGGCUCUGGAGGCUCUGGCGGCUCCGGUGGCAGCAGCGGUCCUACCGAUGAGAGCUGCGCUCGCCAGUACGGCCCUGGAAACAAGGUCUGUGGUACCGACAGCUGCUACGACCCAACUGCGGGAGAGACCUGCUGCCAAAACACCGGAAGCCACUGUGAUCUCGGAAGAAAGUGCUCCAAGUCUGGCACCCUUUGCUGUGCUCCUGGCUCAAGAAACCCUGACUGCAGAGGUACUGGCUCCGAUGACAGCACAUCCACUACCUCCUCUAGCACUGCAACCUCUACUUCUAGUUCUGGAAGCUCUUUCCCAACAUCCACUGACAUCACUGGAUCUGUUCCAUCGUCUUCACCAGAUACUCCACAAGGCAACGGUGCUGGCUGCCUCUCUGUCAACGUUCUCCCUCUCCUUGCCGGUGGAUUGGGUAUGAUCGCCGCCCUCUAA